ACUGAUGUACUUUGGAACACUGGUUCAGGGUAUUUGUUAAUGAGGUAUGGUGGACAGAUAAAUCUGGUCUGAACAGAUAUGGCGUUUUAUCUCUCUUUCUUUCUACUGCUACAGGCGAUACUGCAGGCCUCUAUGGGCGUAGUGUUCCUGCCCGGACAGGAGGCAGACACAGUCUUAAAGAGAUACAGGCGUUACAACACGGGGGCCUUUGAGGAGUUCCUGUGGGGGAACGUGGAGAGAGAGUGUUACGAGGAGCGAUGUGACCUGGAGGAGGCCAGAGAAGCCUUCGAAAAUGAUGAGAAGACGAUGGAAUUUUGGAUAGGUUACGCUGACGGAGACCAGUGCAAAUCAUCACCCUGUCAGAACAACGGCACUUGUGAGGACCAACUUGGCUCCUAUACAUGUACUUGUCAGCCCGGCUUUAUUGGGAGGAGCUGUGAAAUAGUAACAACCAGGACGUGUGAUGUGGAUAACGGGGGCUGUGCGCAUUUCUGCAUGUCCCUGGGGCAUCGUGGAGCACAGUGCAUCUGUGCUAGCGGGUACAAGCUGGCUAAGGACGGCUUCACGUGUGAACCUGCAGCACAGUUUCCAUGUGGGAGACGCAGCAGGACGGUAAAUAGAUACGGAUCUAUAAGAUUAUUAUCCAUCGACGGUAACAGCACGGACCUCUUGAACAGUACAACCAGUAGCGGGUCCACAUAUGUCCUCAACUCAACCCAAGCUGGCACUGCAGCCCCUGUGGAAAGGACAGGCAGAAUCAUGCCGUCUCGCAAAAAACUACCCGCCUGGGUCUUCAACUCUACAGCGCCUCCUCCUCCUCCUCGUCAAAGGAACCCCCAGACACGUAUUGUCGGAGGCCAUGAAGCGAUGCCUGGAGAGGUCCCUUGGCAAGUGGCGCUAGUGGGGCGUUCCACGCAGCGGGUGUUUUGUGGCGGUUCAAUACUGGCUGAACAGUGGGUGAUAACUGCAGCCCACUGUCUCUUGGAGGCCAAAGGGAAUGACAUUACUGUCAGAGUGGGUGAGCAUGACGUCUAUCGUAAGGAAGGCACAGAGCAGGAUCUGGAGGUGGCAGAGCGCUAUGUCCAUCCACGCUACAGCCCCAAAGAAAGCACAUACAACCACGACAUAGCCCUGCUACGUCUGAAGACCUCCAUCCUUUUCUCCAACGUUAUCCGUCCCAUCUGCCUAGGGCCCAAGGCUUUCACGGAGAGUCUGUUACGCACGGCUUCCCCGGCUACGGUCAGCGGCUGGGGCCGUCUUCGUUUCCAAGGCCGCACCGCGGGCACGCUGCAGAAGGUGGAAGUCCCUUUCGUUGACAGGACAGAGUGUAAAUUCAGCAGCACCGAGCGCAUCACACCCUUCAUGUUCUGUGCUGGCUACUACAACAUAGCCAAAGACUCAUGCCAAGGUGACAGUGGAGGACCACAUACCAACAGCCAAGAUGAUACCUGGUUCCUUACUGGCAUUGUUAGCUGGGGCGAGGAAUGUGCCAAGGAGGGAAAGUAUGGAGUAUAUACCAAUGUGGCUAACUAUUACCAGUGGAUCCAACACGUUAUGAAAAUUACCAAGACAGCUUUACUCUAUGAUGUAGAACCAUGAUUUUUAAGAGUCAUAAUUCUCACAUUUUCUCCAAAUGGCACGGGUGCCCAAAGUCCAACUGGUUUUCAUAUCAACCGGUCUGAUUGGAUUAAUAUACUUGUUCUCCAGGUAAAAAUCAAAUCAGCCUCUAAUUAAAGGUGUCAGCAAAUGCAGGGGGACAUCGGCGCCCUUCGGGACUAGAUUUGGGAACUUUUUUUUUAUGAGUCCCUUUGAGUAGUGUUGGCACUCCCUUGACAUUGAUGAAUUUGUCUUAAAUUGGUCAAGAGGCCUUACGGUCAAAAUUCCAAACUCUAAUUCUUUUUGUCCUUGUCCCAGAAAGAUGUAAUGUAUACAGGGAUACCAUGACAGUUUUAAUGAUAAAA